AUUCCCUGAAGCAGCGACUGCAUUUGAUCGUCAUUUCUGCUAUCAACUGUGAAAAUGCUGCUUGGGUGCAACAAACAAAAGUAUUCUAGGUUAUCAUAUAGCUAAGCAAUGAAAGCAGUGUCUAUGAACUCAGAUCAAACUCAAAUGUUUUACCAGAAUGACUAAUCGCAAAACACGAUGUUAUUUCACCUGACUGCGAUACAAGCUAAAAGAAGAAAAGUACUCAGCUACAACAUGGUCUACUUAAACUCCAACAUGAGCACAUUUGGAAUGAAGUGGUGCUUCGGGUUAAUUCUUUUAUCAGCUAUCUUCGUAUUGGUAGAAAUUAUCAAACAUCCAAAUUGCUUUAAGAUUGUGCAAAGGAACAGCACCAACGUGGUUUUGCAUAUUUGUAGUAGAUACUGUCCUGCAAUAAUAAAUGGUGAUGAGGAAGCAUGCCAACUUGGAAACCAUUGCCAAAAGGAGGACGAGCCAGAAACAUUUCACAUUCAAGACCCAGUCAACUGCAUCAGAUUCAAACAAGAAUACCACUUCAUAACAGGUUCACUGUCGGAAGAAGAAGCCAGCUAUCCCUUGGCUUAUAUUAUCACAAUUCACAAAGAGUUUGAAAUGUUCGUAAAACUUCUGCGAGCAAUUUAUAACCCAGACAAUGUUUAUUGCAUUCAUGUUGACCAAAAGUCACCAGAAGAUUACAAAAGAAAAGUGAAGAAAUUGACUGACUGCUUUGAAAAUAUCUUUGUAGCUUCAAAAAUGGAACAUGUUGUUUAUGCUGGUUUUUCACGCCUGCAAGCAGACAUAAAUUGUAUGAAAGAUCUUGUAACCUCAAAGGUUAAGUGGAAGCAUGUCAUCAAUCUCUGUGGACAAGAUUUCCCAAUUAAAACAAACAGGGAAAUCAUUUCGCACAUUAAAAGUAAAUGGCAGGACAAGAAUAUUACACCAGGAAUACUACAACCACCAAAUAUGAAAUACAGGACAGAAUACAGCUACAAAGAGCACAUCAAUAAUGCUGAAGCUUAUGUCUAUCGACUUGACAAAAAGAAAGCCAAAUUACCUCUGGAUAUCUCUAUUUAUUUUGGAACUGCAUACUAUGCACUCACAAGAAACUUUGUGCAAUUCAUAUUGGAAGAUGCACGUGCCAAAGCUCUUCUCGAGUGGUCGCGGGAUACAUACAGCCCUGAUGAGCAUUUCUGGGUGACAAUGAAUCGUUUAAAGGAUGCACCUGGUGCAACCCCAGACUGUACAUGGGAAGGCAACGUAAGGGCAGUAAAAUGGGCACCCAAUGCAGGACCAUCACCUGUUAACUGUAAUGGACAUUACGUCCACGACAUUUGUGUGUAUGGCCUCAAAGAUUUAAAAUGGAUUGUUGAACAACAAGCUAUGUUUGCCAAUAAAUUUGAAAUGUCAUCCCCUCUGACUGUUAAGUGUAUCGAGAAAUGGCAUAGGAAUCGCACACUUAGCCAAGCUUCAGGAACUAUACAGCCACACUGGUACCUCGAGGAUUAAGAAUAUUUUGAUAUGAGGAUUAAGAUUUAAGCAAGAAGGAAGAUUUGACUAAAAGCAGUUAAUAUAAUUCUAAAUUAAUCUCGGAAUUCUGGGACUGGUUCUCCGGUGUCUACCACAAGCUUUUAGACGGCUAAAGAAUUUUAGGAGAUAGUUGUUGAUGUACAUGGAUGCAAUAAAGAAUAAACAAAACUGGAUGAAUGACUAUUUAAUUCCUAAUGAAUCAUAGAAGAUAUAUAUUAUUUACAUCUAUAUAAAUUGCUUGCCUCUUGACACCACUUACGUAAUUUAAUUUGUGGAAAAUAUCACUUGAUUGACAACUGCACUGCACCAGUAUGAGACAACUAACUUAAUUUAUUUUGUCAUAUGUUUGAGAUAGUUGCCUUUCCAGUCUACUUGAAGACAGCUUAGCCAUUUCUCAAACUAAGGGCUAGUAUUACUGAAAAACAGGACAUUCAUUUAAAAUUGAGAUGCCAAAAAAAUGCUUGCUCCCAGAGGGUGGUCAAGUCUGAAACUCUCGACCCCAAAGAAUUGUGGAGGCUAAAUCAUUGAAAAUAUUUAAAAAGAAUGUAGGUAGACCUUUGAAUUAGAAGAGUGAAAAGCUACGAGGAGCUGACACAAAAGAGGAAUUGAGGUAUCAGGCAGAAAGACAUGACUUUACAGAAUGGUGGGGCAGGUGCGAGAGCUGAAUUACCUACUCCUGAUGCUAUUUUGUACGUUCGUAUAUUCUGAUGAAAGAUUAGAUUAGCUAGUGUCGUUUUCUUUCAUGCAACAAAGGUUGAGACAGGAUCUAACGGAACUGUGUAAGAUAACGAGGGGAACAGAUAGUUUGGGGGAUAGAAACACACUUUUUCCAUUAGAAGAGUUUGUCAAUAACCAAGGGCCAAAGACUUAAGGCAGGAGGUAAAGGCUAAGAAAGGAGUUGAGGAGAAACGUUUUGACCCAGAGGGUGGAGGAUGUCUGGAACUAAUUGCCUGGAGUCAGAACCUUUUAACUUUGGAGUAAUAUUUAGAUAUUCACUUGUAUUGUAAUAGCCUCCAGAACUAUGGGGAAAAGCUGGGAAAUAGACUUAGCGUAGUCAGAUCUUUGUUGAUGGGUGCAGACAUGAUAGGCCAAAUAGCUGCCUCCUGAGAUGUAAAUGUGUAUGAGGCUAAAUCUCAUGUAAUCAAAAAUACAUGCUCUCUCUACCUCAAAUUACCAUGGAAAAGCAAUCUUUAUCAACUUUAAGAUAGCUUUUGUAAUUCAGGCAAGCCAUUAUUUUCUGUUUUAUAAGAAUGUUAUCAUGUACAUUGAAUCAGGUGUGAUUCAAUACUCAUCUAUGUGAGACU